AUGGCUGACAAAGUUCUUGUAAGCAACCCAAAACUGGACGUAACAAAGUCGAAGGAAAUAAAGAAUACUGCAACAACGGAAAUUGAUGCAAUCACAGCUCAUUUCCAGGAGAUUGAGGAAGAAACCAAAAAGUUGGAACAGUUGCAGUCUCAUAUCAACCAGCUGAUGGGGUAUAGUUCAGAUCUAAAGCCUAUCCGGACAGCCGCGGAGAGGUCGGAAAUUGAUGCCCGAUCCGUCUAUGUCGGAAAUGUAGACUACGGCGCAUCGGCUGAAGAACUAGCAGCUCACUUUCGUGAAUGUGGAGCCAUUAAUCGUGUGACGAUUAUGCGCAACAAGGCCACAGGGCGUCCGAAAGGAUUUGCUUACGUCGAGUUCGGUGCCAAGGAAGCCGUCAAGGCUUCGCUCGCUUUGACCGACGGUUUGUUCCGUGGGAGGCAAAUAAAAGUGAACCUCAAGCGUACCAAUCAACCGGGAAUGUGUACUACCAAUCGAACCCCUCGCGUAGCGCAGGGAAGAACACCGUGGGGUUCGCAGCCGUGUGGUCACGAAAUGCAUUCGGUAGUGCGAAGGCCACUUCGUGGGUUCCAAGGCAGAAAGAGUUUUUAUAAUCCUUAUUAA